AUGUCCAUCCCUAGUGACACCAACCCCCAAGCUAUAGCAAGCGAGCAGAGCCGGGAACUCAGCCAGUCCUCGCUGCUGAACGGCGCGGCGGAGCUGAAGCUGAGCCGCUCCAACGAGAAGGAGCAGCUGCAGGGGCUGAACGACCGCUUCGCCGGCUACAUCGAGAAGGUGCACUACCUGGAGCAGCAGAACAAGGAGAUCGAAGCGGAGCUGGCGGCUCUGCGGCAGAAGCACGCCGGGCGGGCGCAGCUGAGCGAAGCCUACGAGCAGGAGCUGCGGGAGCUGCGCGGGGCGCUGGAGCAGGUGAGCCACGAGAAGGCGCAGAUCCAGCUGGACUCGGAGCACAUCGAGGAGGACAUCCAGCGCCUGCGGGAGAGGUUCGAGGACGAAGCGCGGCUCCGCGACGAGACGGAGGCGACCAUCCGAGCCCUGCGCAAGGAGAUGGAGGAGGCCUCGCUGAUGCGGGCGGAGCUGGACAAGAAGGUGCAGUCGCUGCAGGACGAGGUGGCCUUCCUGCGGGGCAACCACGAGGAGGAGGUGGCCGAGCUGCUGGCGCAGCUCCAGGCGUCCCACGCCACCGUCGAGAGGAAGGACUACCUGAAGACCGACCUCACCACGGCGCUGAAGGAGAUCCGCGCCCAGCUGGAGUGCCAGUCCGACCACAACAUGCACCAGGCCGAGGAGUGGUUCAGGUGCCGCUACGCCAAGCUGACCGAGGCGGCCGAGCAGAACAAGGAGGCGAUACGCUCCGCCAAGGAGGAGAAAAAAAACAACGACCUCAGCACCUGCCAGGACACGAUUCAUCAGCUGGAGAAUGAGCUCAGAGGAACGAAGUGGGAAAUGGCACGUCACUUGAGGGAAUACCAGGACCUCCUCAAUGUCAAGAUGGCCCUGGAUAUUGAAAUUGCUGCAUACAGGAAGCUACUGGAGGGCGAAGAGACAAGAUUCAGUGCCUUCUCUGGAAGCAUUACUGGACCCAUAUUCACACACAGACAACCAUCUGUCACAAUAGCAUCCACUAAAAUUCAGAAAACAAAAAUUGAGCCACCAAAGCUGAAGGUCCAACACAAGUUUGUAGAAGAAAUCAUUGAAGAGACAAAGGUAGAGGAUGAGAAGUCUGAAAUGGAAGAUGCCCUAGCAGCUAUUGCAGAAGAAAUGGCAGCCAAGGCCCAGCAAGAAGAACAGGAGGAAGAAAAAGCCGAAGAAGCUGCAGAGGAAGAAGCUGUUUCUGAGAAGGCUGCGGCAGAAAAAGCAGCUGCACCUGAGGAAGAAGAGAAGGAGGAAGAGGAAGCAGAGGAGGAAGAAGAAGCUGCAAAAUCUGAUGCAGCAGAAGAAGGUGGUUCUGAAAAAGAAGAAAUAGAGGAAAAGGAAGAAGGGGAGGAGGCUGAAGAAGAGGGAGAAAAAGCUGAGGCCAAGGGCAAGGCUGAAGAGGUAGCAGCAAAGCUAGAGAAGGUCAAAACACCUCCCUCAAAGUCACCCCCUAAAUCCCCGCCUAAAUCUCCUGUAACAGAGCCAGCCAAGGCUGUCCAGAAAGAAACAGCUGCAGAAGCAGGAAAAGAACAGAAGGUGGAGAAAGGUGGUGAGAAACCAGCUAAGGAGGAAGCGAAAGCAGCAUCUCCGGAGAAGCCAGCGACACCAAAGGUGACCCCCCCGGAAAAGCCUGCAACGCCGGAGAAGCCUGCAACGCCGGAGAAGCCUGCAACCCCAGAGAAAGCAGUGACCCUGGAGAAGCUGGCGACGCCCGAGAAGCCCCGCUCUCCAGAAAAGCCAGCAACCCCAGAGAAGCCCCGCUCUCCAGAAAAACCGGUGACUCCAGAGAAGCCCCGUUCUCCAGAGAAGCCGGCCUCCCCGGUCAAAGAUGAAAAGGCUGUGGUGGAGGAGACCAUCACUGUCAAAAAGGUAACAAAAAUUAGCGCAGAGGUAGAGAAGGAGUCCAGGAAAGAAGACAUUGCAGUGAAUGGUGAGGUGGAGGAGAAAAAGGAAGAGGAGGAAUCCAAAGAGAAGGAGGCUGAGGAGGAAGACAAGGGAGUUGUCACCAAUGGCCUAGAUGUGAGCCCAAUUGAUGAUAAGGGUGAGAAAAUUGUAGUAACCAAAAAAGCAGAGAAAAUCACUACUGCAGGUGGGGACAGUACAACCACAUAUAUCACAAAGUCAGUGACAGUCACUCAGAAGGUAGAGGAACAUGAAGAAAGCUUUGAGGAGAAAUUAGUGUCCACCAAGAAAGUGGAGAAAGUUACUUCACAUGCUAUAGUAAAAGAGGUUAAAGAGACCGAAUAAAAUAAAUCAUAGCUAAAUUAAAGAGCUUGGGUCGGUGCAAAAGGUUAAGCCAUAUGACAGCUACAAAAUGCAUGUGAGUGACGGCUUCAAAGCAGAACGUGUUCUCUCAUGGAGGCUCCAGACACACAGUAUUUUACUUUUUUGUGCAAUAUGGGGGAGGGGGGGAAUGCAUGCAGGCUCAAGAUGUGCUCCCUCCACAGAGCUUGGGGAUCUAAAAAUAAUACUAAUAAUAGUGCAUGAGAUGAAAUGUGCAAAGGAAGCUUUUGAAUUUCCUGAGCUGUUGGAGGGACACAUCUGAGGAACGACUUAAGAUGUAUUAUGCAAAGAACCAACUGAGCCAAAACCAAACAGAAAACAGUAAUAGAAUAUUCAUGAGAACCAGAACUCUCCUAGCCUUAAAAAAAGCUACUUAUAAAUAAUUAUGUUUACCUCACUGGUGCAAUUAGGGUGGACUUUUGCUCAUGGGAGAACCUAGUUGACAUGCACAGUAUGCAACCUUUUGUUGUUUGAUGUAAAACAGUCACAGCAGUUCUUGCUCAAUAAAGGUCAGUAGUGAAAACA